AUGUCCAAAAAACCUACUGAACUCGAAGCGGCCGCUCUGACGACAGGAUGGGGGCCGGCUCAGCAAGCUGCUCUCUACCACAUUCACCUAGCACAGCAAGCCGAGAAGGACGAGGAAGAAGAGAUCAAAAAGGCGAAAAAGAAGGAGGCAAAAAAGCGAGGGGAGCUUAAUCCAGAGGGUGUCAAGGCUGGGGAGCUAGUGGACGGUUGGAUCAAGGGGAGGUGUCCAGCGCUGUUCGAGUUUUUGGAUGUUGUUGCUCCUCCACAUCUGGCGAUAGGUAUAUGGGUGGUCUUGCAUAUCGUAUACUGGUAUGCAGCUCCAUGGUAUUACCAUUUUUUGAUACCCUGGCCCUCGGUGUAUCUCACACCGAUGUUUUGCACUUACAAGUCCAUCAAUUCGGGCAAGGAUAGAACAUUGUGGCUAUCUUACUGGCCAAUUGUGAUGGUGCUAGAGUAUUUUGAACUGCUCAUGUUUCGAGAUCAGACCCGCACUUUGACCUGGUGGCCAAAGUUGAAAGCCAUCUUCUGCGUCUGUAUGUACAGCAUCAUCUACCAUGAUGAGAAGAAGGAUCCGAAAACCAAAAAGGUCACAUCAAAGACACCGGUAUUUGGAGCCAUCAAGUUUAUUGGCAACUUUCUACCCGAGCCUCCAGCAAAGAAGAAGGUUGAAAACGGAGGGAAAGAUAAUCCAAAGAAGCCUUCCAGUCAGGAUCCUAAGGCCAAGCCGAAGCCGAGCAAGUAG